CUUGUGUUCUCAUAUGCGAGCGUGCGAACCUAAAACCCUACUAAAACCCCAUCGAACUCGAUCCCUAUUACAAAGGUAAAGCAUAGGGAAGGAAGGGACAAUGGCGUCUCUGCUACCAGAGACCGCUCCAAAGGUCUUCACGGCAGAAACCCUUCGAUCUGCCGCGAAGCAGUCCCAGCGCAUCCACCUCAUUCCUCUCCGCCUUCGCCGCGCCAUCAAGAGAUUCCUUCGAGACCAGGAGAAGGCUCACAUGAACAGGAAAGUCCUAAGCCUAUCCGAAUCAUUCAGCGAGAUCAAGGACGUCAACCUCCAGCUCUGCUCCUCUACUUCCAAAGAGAUCGUUGAGGACCCAUUGAAAUCCAUGGAGCGUUCCCAGCGCUGGAAGAUCAAAUCCUCCUACGGUGACAUUGGUCUCAAGUAUAGAGACGAUGAGACCGUUGCUUAUGUUGCCGCUCGGAUGCCUGCUGUGUAUUCCGCAUGCCACCGUGUCCUCAGAGAGGUGCGGCGGAGACUUCCGGAAUUUUCUCCUACUAAGGUGUUGGAUUUCGGCUCUGGUCCGGGUACGGCACUGUGUUUCCUACACAACUCUUGUUUGGAGCCUUGCAGGGCUUUACGUGAGAUUUGGCCUCGUUCUUUGGAAAGAGCUAAUUUAAUAGAGCCAUCUAAAGCAAUGCAACGUACUGGUCAAAGCCUUUUGCAAGAUUUGAAGGACUUGCCACUCAUUCAAAGCUAUGGUAGCAUUCAAGCAUUGACUCAAAAUCUUGAAAAGGGUGAGAGGGAUCAUGACCUUGUAAUUGCUUCGUAUGUACUUGGGGAGAUUCCAUCACUGAGUGACCGAAUUACUAUAGCUCGCCAACUUUGGGAUCUUACGAGAGACAUCCUGGUUUUGGUUGAGCCUGGAACUCCACAUGGAUUUAGCAUUAUUUCUCAAAUGCGGUCUCAUCUCUUAUGGAUGGCGAAAAGGAAAUGCCGCAAAGCUGAUGAUGCAGUUAACGCUUCUAGGGACAUGUCAGAUACUGCCAACAAUGUGGUGGCUCAUAAAAGUGGUGCAUUUGUGGUUGCUCCUUGUGCUCAUGAUGGAGCUUGCCCAUUGGAGAAAUCAGAAAAAUAUUGUCAUUUUGUUCAGCGCUUGGAGAGGACGUCAUCACAACGUGCAUAUAAGCGGUCCAAGGGUGAACCUUUACGUGGUUUUGAGGAUGAGAAAUUUUGCUUUGUUGCUUUAAGACGAGGAGAGCGGCCGAGGGAAGCUUGGCCUCUCGACGGCAUGAAAUUCGAAACUCUGAAGGAACAGCAUGCCAAACGGAAUCCUGAAGAUCUUGAGAUUGAUUUUGAGGAUCAGUUCAUAUCUGAAGCCGAGGAUAUUCCAUACGAAGAGGAUCGAAUGGCCUACGCCUCUGACAUUACAGAAGCGGACACUCCGAACGAGCAUGAAGAAAUUGAAGAAGAGGAAGAAACAGCCCAUGCUGGUCUUGGAAGUGGUUGGGGCCGCAUUAUCUUCACGCCUGUACGGAGGGGUAAGCAGGUAGCGAUGGAUGUAUGUCAUUCAACCAAUCGGGACGGGUCGGAAGGCUCAUUUGAGCGUGUUGUCAUCACACAGAGUAAGAAUCCUACAUUGCACCAUCAGGCUCGUAGGUCCCUCUGGGGUGACUUGUGGCCUUUCUAGAGUACAUUGUCUGGUUAGGUAGUUCAAAUGUCUACAUUAGAUAUAAGAAAAGUAAAUUAUGAGAAAUUCCUUUGUCAAUCAACGGCAUAAAAGAACUGAUUCUCUUGGCAGUUAAUGUACAGGGGAGUCUGAUGCUUGAUACACAUGCGCUCCAGAGUUGUACACGUGGCUUAUGCUAAUUCAGCGUAAACCUGCCAAAUUGUGGCAUCUAUUGUUGGUAGUUCUAAGUCACAAAAUCUAGUUGCUUGAAAAGUCAAUAUCUUCUUAUUGGUA